UCGAAUAUGAAAUUGGGUAUUGAGGUGAUUUAGAAAAUCUUCAACCCUGAAUUCGGAAAGGGCAUUCAGUUAGUUACGAAGCGCUACAGUACAUUGUCGUUGUACGUACGCAGCUUGGUACGGCACAGAUAUUGGUCGCGCGGAGCUGCUCGGUCGCGUAUGUGGACUCCCGCCAUUUUCACGAGAAGAACAAAACAAUUUUUAUUAACUAAUUCAAAUUUUGUGUCCGUGCUUUUUUUUCGAUUUUACGAAAAAAAUUGUUGGAGAUGAUUGUUUUGUGACGUAUGAAAACACAAGGAGUGUCUUCGCGACGACAUGUACAAGAAAGGUCACAAGAAGAAGCAAAAGAAGAGGGGCAAGAGCGAUGGACGAAACAAGGAGAAUAUCUUGCAUUCUGACAAAGAAGAAAUAGAAGAAGUCUCAACAGCCGAUGAGAAGAAAAGCCUAUGUUAUGAAAUCAAAUACUCUGAUGUUAUGGGCAGGUACAUUGUGGCAGCAAGAGACAUUAAAGCCGGAGAAAUCAUCAUAGAGGAACCGGCUUUAGCUGUUGGACCUUGCACGGGCUGUGCUCUCAUAUGCCUCGGAUGCUACAGGGAAAUAGACGAAAAUAAUAUUAACAAAUGCAAAAACUGCAAGUGGCCAGUUUGCAGUGGUUCGUGUCCCGGACAAGGAAAAUACACAGGUCAUUCGACUUACGAAUGCGAAACGUUGCGAAGUAUACCUCCAGACUACUCUAAGCUUGAAGACUUGAGGGAUUCCUACCAAGCAUUGAUGCCGUUAAGAUGUCUACUUUUAAAGAAGGCAGAUCCGCCGAAAUGGCAGGCUUUAUCAGCUAUGGAAGCCCACAAUGAGCUCCGACGGGCGAGAGGAGAUAUUUGGCCGACGAACGAGAAGAAUGUAGUGCAAAGGAUCAAGAGCUGGGGUCUGGAAUACGAUCCCGAGGAAAUACACACUGUCUGUGGGAUUUUAGAGGUUAAUGCCUUCGAAGUGGGUGGUAGCGGGGCGAACGCUCGUGCUCUUUACGAUCGAGCCUAUCUCUUGGCCCACGACUGCACUCCCUCCACGACACACACGGACUCCGAGAGGACUCCGGGCAGACCUAUAACCGUCAGAGCUUCAAUAGCUCAUAAAGCCGGAGACUUGAUCUCUUUGUGUUACGCUUACACGCUGCAGGGUACACUAAAACGUCGUGAGCACAUAAAGCACAGCAAGUUCUUCUGGUGCUCGUGCCGGCGGUGCGCGGACCGCGCCGAGCUCGGCACCUCCGCGUCCGCCUUCCGCUGUCCGCGGUGCGCGGGCGCCGUGCUACCAGAGCGGCCCCUGCAGCGCGACCAGCCCUGGGCCUGCACCCGCGACCACUGCCACUACACCAUGCCGGCCGCCGCCGUGCACUUGCUGCUGCAGAGGCUCACAGACGAAUACGACCAGAUUGACGCGAACGACGUUCCUGGCUUCGAGAAUUUCCUCCACAAGUACAGGAACGUGUUGCUGCCCAGUCAUUACCUUUGUCUCUCGGCGAAGCACUCCCUCAGUCAGCUGUACGGAAAGGUCACAGACUACAUGAUACACGAGAUGCCCGAUACUGAACUGAACAGAAAAAUAGAUAUAUGCAGAGAUCUGAUGAAAGUGUUUGAUGUAAUCGAACCCGGAUAUUCGAGGUUGAGAGGUGUAACUCUGUACGAACUACACGCGCCUCUAAUGAUAUUGACAACAAGAGACUUCGAAAAGAAAGCGAUAACGAAAGAGAGUCUUCGGAAUCGUCUUAAAGAGAUAGUACAGUAUUUACAAGAAUCGGCCCUAAUUCUCGGGUUCGAACCAGCGCACUCAUCCGAAGGUCUCAUGGCGGCGGCCGCAAGAGACGCCCUGAAAAAAAUCAAAACAUGGGAGCAGAUCAUCGGCAAGAUAUCCUGAAGCGUGCCCUGACAAAAUCAACUCAAUUACGGAGAAUAAAAUCGUGAAUUUUAGCGUUAUGUUCUUUUAUUCGGAGCAAAGGAACAAGACAAGUUAUUCAAGUUCUGGUGAAUUCCCGAAAUGAUUAAAUGUUAUUCUUUUAAUAUUUUUGCACUGCACUCCUUACUUUUUUUUUAUUUGACAUCACAGCGGGAUUACCGUCGCCUACCUUGAGGCUUGAGGUCAAAUUCUCAAUUGUAUUGUAUGGCUAUUAUCCCAGUUAAACGCCUCGUUAAAGAAGUAGACAGAAGGAUGACAUCUACCCGACAUCCCACCACUAUUAUUGUACGAUUCUGUUUUGACACAAAAUAAAAAUUGAUCUUUAUUAUCUUACGUUGUCAUUCAUUUAUAAGCUUUGUUAAAUAGGUAUUGAUUCUCCCUCAUCUCACAAGAAGUUUUAAAACAAUUAAAGAAUUCAACCCGCAAAUUUCCAUGUACCAUUUACCUAAAAGAGUCAGUAAAAACAUAGUAAAAUCAUUUGAAAUGCUUAUGCGUAUAAAUAAUAAAAGAAAAUAUGUAUUUUUUAAUUCGACUUGCUCUUUAAGCGUCUUUUUUAGUUUUUAAUCUACAUUUAAUUUACAUUAACAGUCCAUAAAAUGUUAAUCUGUUAGGUCAAUCUUUUGUAUCGUUAGCUAUACAAUCUAACAGUGAUUUUUGUUUAUUUUUUUAUCUGAAUAUUUAUUGUUUGUUUGAUAAUUUAAAACUUUCUAAAUUUCGCAUAUAUUAAGUUAAUUAUUCGACUCAUUGAAACAGAUGGCAGAUACUAGAAUGAGGUCGUGUUGAACACAUCAAAUAUGUUAAUUGUGGAAUAUUAUAAUUUUAUUGAAAAUAUAAUUUAAAUCUACUAAUAAAUCUCUGAGCAUUUCGUUUUUGUUGGGGAUGCCCUUUAUUUCACCCGCAGAAGGUGUUUUGGUAUUAAUGUAAUAUGUUAUCUGUCUAGAACGAAUUUAAAACGCUUAUAAUUUAUGUAUUUGUAUACCUUAAUCGGGUUUUAAUUUCGUUUUCUUUGAUCCUAUGUUUCUAAGCUGACUAUAAUGUAACUAUACUGAUUUGUAGCUAUACUGUGAGAUAUUAGAACUUAUAUCUCAAGGUGAGUGGCGGCAUUUAUGUUGUAGAUGUCUAUGGGCUCCAGUAACUACCUAACAUCAGGUGGGCUGUGAGCCCGUCCACACAUCUAAGUAUUAAAAAAAAUUUUUUUUUUGAAGCACCUGUAAAAUAUAAGCCGCAUUUGAAAUAACGAGUAAGUCAAUUGAAAGAGUAUGAUAAAAAGUCUUAAUGUCAAAUACUAAAGUCAUCUAAGCAUUUUACAUUACAGUCUGUUAUGUUAUAUUCUAAUACGGACAUAAUUUAAUUAACCGACUUCAAAAAAGGAGGAGUUCUGAAUUCGACUGUAUUUUUUUUAAUGUUUUUUACCUUAUAACUUUGGACUGGGUGAAUCGAUUUUGAUGAUUAUUUUUUUUUCUAUUUGAAGUCCGUUUUUGUUAAAACAUGUCUAUUUACAAUUAUUUUUAUCUUGUGUCCGACAUUUCGUCGUUUUAUUUAGUUUACAGGUGAAUGCAGCUUUCUGCGUCCGUUUUCGGUUGUCACCUCUAAAAAUCGGAGACUAGUACAUACAGUGGAGUGUAAAUAAUUGUGUGUAAUAUUAUAAAUUAAAUGUAUUUGAUCAGUAAAAGUAACAAAUAUUAUAUUCUUAUCUUAUCUUAUCUUAUACCUUUAAACGAGCAAUUCUUGUAUAUUAAUAUAUAUGUAUAUAAUCUGAAUCUCGGAAACGGCUCCAACGAUUUUCAUAAAAUUUAGUAUACAGGGGAUUUCGGGGGCGAUAAAUCGAUCUAACAACGAUUUAUUUUCAGAAAAUAAUGUUUUAUUCGUGUUUUUAAUAAUCAACUCUUCCCGACAUAUAUUGGCGAAUAAUAAUACUAUUUUUCUUAAUUGAGGGCAACUAACCGCCUUAAAGACACAUCAAGAUGGCGUUAUAAAAAAAAAAAACUGAGCAAAGCUCGGUCAUCGUCUAGUAUCAUAUUAUCUUAACAACUAUUCCACGAGCGCGCUUCAUUCCUUUUCUAUAAUUAUUAUUUAUCAUUUUCUAAUUUUUUAAUUCUGCUUUAUCUUCGUGUAUUCCUUCUACUAAAAGACAUUAAGUUGCGAAUUGUGAAACGUUAAUUUUCUUAUUUAGUACUUACAACCAAACCAUGUUCGUUAUAAUAAUAAAACGUUUUGAAAUUAUUAAACUUCAAUAAA